CCGAGGUGGAGAGGAAGGUAGAGACCCGAGCGUCCUCCGAGUGGACGCCGUACCAGCACCAGCCGCUCGGACUCAGCAGGAGCGACGUCCCGCGAAGGAGUCCGUGCCCGUCGCCGUCGGGCAGCGAGCGCGCGGCCACGGCCACGCCCCUCGACACAGCCAGCAACGCCGAGGACACGUCCAGCAACGGCAACAAAGACGACGAGGACGACGACGCGGACGACGACAACGACGAUGACAAGAUUGACGCCCAGUACGACCCGGAGCGUCUCAAGGCGUUCAACAUGUUCGUCCGCCUGUUCGUGGACGAGAACCUGGACCGCAUCGUGCCCAUCAGCAAGCAGCCGAAGGAGAAGAUCCAGGCCAUCAUCGACGCGUGCGCGCGCCAGUUCCCCGAGUUCGCGGAGAGGACGCGCAAGAGGAUCCGAACUUACCUCAAGAGCUGCAGGAGAAACAAGAGAACCCGGGACUCCAACGGCUGGGAGACGCCGUCCCGCCCGACGCCGCCGCACCUGACGAGCAUCCAGGCGGAGCAGAUCCUGGCCAACGCGUGCGAGAACGAGGCGCAGAAUGCCAAGAGAAUGCGCCUGGGACUCGAGCCCAUCGCGCAGCCCAACCCCCUCAACCCCCUCCCCCAGGCGCCGAUGGGGCAGGACAAGCCGAUGGCGCUGGUGGACACGGUGGUGAAGACGGAGUCGAGCGCCCCCCCGCACGUGUCGGCGCUGGCGAAGGCCCUGGAGAGGCCCCUCGCGGACGCCAAGGUCAUGAACGGCUCGUCCAUGUUCCAGGCGUCGUUCCAGCAGAGUUUCCAGAAGGUCACGUCCCUGACCGGGUCAACCGUGCACACCCAGCCCGGCCUGACCCCGCUCAUAGCCACCACGUCAUCGCCGAUGCUGGCCAAUGGGCCAACAGACCUAAGUGUAAAGGGAACCUCAAAGCCAACCCGGCCAACACUCAACGCAGUAGAGGUGGCUGCAGUGCGGCAACUCAUUACCGGGUACAGGGAGUCAGCUGCCUUCCUCCUGAGGUCGGCAGAUGAGCUGGAAAACCUCCUAAUUCAUCAACAGAGUCCUUAGUGUACUGGUUGCAUAGCCAGUGUCUGACUGUGUAUAUGUGGAAGUUCUGUAUUGUAUAUUCAACGGUAUGACUUUGUACAUGUGAAUUUGCUGGUGUUAAUGGCUGUCUUAUUGCUGCUCACUCUAAGAUGUAUAUGGUACAAUUUCAAUGUUUUAUGAACAUAGUUGUAAGAGUAUUUAUUUACAAACUUUUGAGUUUGUCUCCAAGCCUGUAUGGGAAAAGCAUGAAUGUGUAAAUACUGGUGCUGUCCUCCAUGUCCAGUCAUUCUGUAUAAAUUAUGAACUGAUAGAGAAUUUUUAGGUUGUUUGUACUGACCUGGAAAUUUUUAGGCAUGUAGCUCCAUACCCACCCAUGUGGAAAAAGGAUUAUUGCUUAGGGUUCACUAGAGAUUUUCAUAUAGUUUACAAUGGAAGUGCCUCUUCACCCUCGAAAGAUCAGUGUUGAACUAACAUUAAAUAAGGGGACAUUAGAUUAGCAACUAUUAGGAAGAUAGUAACUUCACAGGUUCCUGAGAUUUCGCUCUCAUGAUAUGAAUUAAACCAUUACUGAGUCUUCAGUGUGCUACACAAAAAGACUUUAAAAAGUUAUUUGUAUUUUUUCCCUGUAAAUUGAAAAUAUAUAUACAGUAUAUAUAUAUAUAUACACACAGAGAUUUUAUGUAUGAAAAAGGAAAAAUCAGUUCGUAAAAAAAAAUGCCACUUUUAUUUUACAUUUUCAUAAUUGACUUAUUUUCCUUUAUGAGUAUUUAAUUUCUUGUAUAUAUGAAACUACUACAGUAUCAAGUUAGGGGAAACAGAAACAGGUAAUACUGUAGGCAAAACAUGCAAAGUGUUAUGCAUGUCUUGGUUCUAGCUUCGUCUGACAAUACUUAAAUGAAAUAGGAGUGUGAGGGUAAGUUUUAUGUCUGAAAAGAAAUCUCUACACUUUGAAUGUAUUUGUGUAGAUGUAUAUAGGUAGUGCCCCAAUAAACACUUACAAAAAUGUAUGAUGUCCUAUAUAGGAAAUGUAUGUUUGCCAUAGAAUGCCAUACAAAUUCAGUGUUAUGGAAAUCUGGGCGUACAGCGUUGUGGGAUUCAUUUCCAUAGAUCUGCUUGGUAAUAGCCUGUAAAAAUUUAUGUUAGUAAUGCUUUCAUUGUUUGGUACUGUAACGAAAAAGGAAAAGCCAAUUUUACUUUGAUUAUGCUUUGACUGUUAAACACAACAGAGCACCAUGACAGUAUGUGCUAGCUCACCCCAGCAUAUCAAAGAACAGAAUACUAGCUAAACAAACAUAGGGAUGAAGUAAAUAUUAACUUGUUAAGGCAUAAGCAAUUAACUGCCAUAAACAUUCACUGAAUUAAUUUGUUUUUUCCCCACGACUAAGUGUCACCCCGGCCCCCUGCUCAAGAUUAACUUCACUGGUUUCUGCGCAGGCCUUGGUUAAGCAACGUGAUAUGGUUAUGUUGUGUUCCAUCUUUGCCAAAAUUGUUAUUUUAUUAUUUUUUUGUCUAUUUAUUUCUAUGUAUUUUCUGGUAAUAGUCAGAGAAUUUUUUAUUUGUUAGCAUUUUUGGAGACUGUUUGGACAUUGACAUUGAUAAGUGUGAUGUAAGCUGUAAAUCAUAAGAUUAUUGUGGCAGAUUUUAACUGUAUAGAGAGAGAAACAAACAAACAACAAACCAAACAAAACAAAUGCAACGCAACACUAUACAAGUACAGAAACAAAAAAUUGUAGUGUGCUAGUUCCGAACACAUAGUUGAAUCUCCCUUCCUCCUGCCCUUGAAUUUAGUGUACACUGGGCACCUCUGCAUCUAGUCACUUCUGCGGAUAUCAUUCCACUCGCAUUCAGACAUAUUUUGUGGACAGACUGUCUGUGAAGAGCAAUCAUCAUAGCCAGGUUCUUUUUUGUUUCAAACUUUUAAUGUAUUACUUUUUUUGUACUGAAAUCUUUCGAAGUUAGCACUAUGUUGAAGUCAUUUACUGUCAGUAUUUAGGAUAUCUACACAUUUUGAAAGGAAAACCAAAACAGAUUGUCAAGAUACCACAGUUUGAUAUUAAGGUGUUACAGUUGGUUGCAUACUUUGACAAAGGUUUUUUAAUGAUAAUGUCAGUACCAUACAGAAUAUUAUAAUAUAUUUCAUAGUCAUUCCAUUUUCUUGGCUUUUAUUUUUUCAUCUAAAUCAUUGACAGUAUUUGUAAUAUAUGUAAAUCACAUUUAUUUCCCUAGGGUUAAAGAUGUUAGGUAUUGUUCAACUGGCUAUGAUGAUUGAAGGAUUCUUAAAUUAUUGUCAUUAUUUGGUAAAACAAGUUCAUUACAAUGUUAAUUUCCUAUAAUUAUUUUGUUUAAUUAUUAUCAUGAUUGUUUUAACUCUCCAUACCAAAGAUAGGAGAUAUUUAUCUGUAUAUAUGAUCUCAUUCUCCUGCAAGUAAAGUUAGUAAUUCCCUGUUUUUUCUUUUACUUUUUUAUUCAUUGUUGUGAACAAUGGUGGUUUUCUUAAUUUAUUUAUAUUAAUAUAGGAAGAGUAUAUAUACAUAUAGUCUAUUAUUUGGGUAUUUUCUGUAUUCCUAAUUCAGUGUUUUUUACUGUUCAAGUUGAGUCACUUGGUGUAUAUAACAGAAAUGAAAUGUGUUUUUUGUUUUUUGUUCAACCUUAUGGCAAGGAAUCCUAAUUGUUUUUAUAGGUUAUGUAUAUUAUAUGAAAAGUGUAAAUAUAUAAAUGCAAAACAAAAAUAUUUUACAAUGAAUGUUCUAAAUGUAUGUAAGAGUAUGCAUUAGUCAUAUUAUUAAUAUUAUUAUUAGUUCUCUAAUUUUUGCAUUGCAUUAUGAUUUACCUCUGUUGUACAAUUCAUUUCUGGAUGUAUACAUGGAAGAUGAGAUUUGAAGCACCACUGAUACUUGUUUUCUGUUUUAAAUAAGAGAGAUUGUAAAGAAAAGAAAAUAUAUAUAUAUAAUUGUCCCAAUGUAGAUUUCUUCCACUGGUAUAGGUAUAGAAAGAUUCAUUCCCUUUUAUGCUGAUGAACCUGCACUUCUAAGCACAGUCACCGAUGCAAAGUGAACCUAAAGUUGUUUUUCUAUGUUAAAUACAAGGUAAAAAUAGUAAGACGUUUCAUAUAUAUCACUGCAACUUCUACUCUUUAAGAAAAUCAUAAACUUUUGUUAUGAAGAUCAUGUGUUGGAAGAGUGCAGGUGCAUUAUGCAAAUGCAAGUGCCAGCCUGUUUGACAAAGGUUGUUACAGGUCAGAAUAUUAUCUUUGUACUGAUGAUGGAAAUAAAUGUAAUUGUUAGA